AUGCUGCUGAAGAACGGCGCGUCUCGAGCCACGCUCUUGACAUUCUGGCAUAAAGCAUGUUUCCACUGCGAGACCUGCAAGAUGACCCUAAACAUGAAAAACUACAAGGGCUACGAGAAGAAGCCGUAUUGCAAUGCACACUAUCCAAAGCAGUCCUUCACCAUGGUGGCAGACACUCCCGAGAACCUGCGUCUAAAGCAGCAGAGUGAGCUCCAGAGCCAGAUUCGCUACAAGGAGGAAUUUGAGAAGAACAAGGGGAAAGGCUUCAGUGUGGUGGCUGACACCCCAGAGCUGCAGAGAAUCAAAAAGACUCAGGAUCAGAUCAGCAAUAUAAAAUACCAUGAAGAGUUUGAGAGGAGCAGGAUGGGCCCGAGUCCCAGUGAGGGCACUGAGCUGGAGCGCAGGAACUCCCAGGAAAGCACCAACUACCGGAGACCUGCAGAGCAGAAUCAGCCACCUCACCACGUCCAACCCAGCAACCCAGUCUACCAGCAGCAGCAGCCGCCGCCGCCGUCUCAGUCCUACGGCUACAAAGAGCCCGCAGCACAGCCCCUACCCCACGCUGCACCCCCAGCCUCUACGCAGCGCAACGCUCCUUCUGGAGGGGGGAAGCGGUUCCGCGCCGUCUAUGACUACAACGCAGCCGACGAAGACGAGGUCUCCUUCCAGGAUGGCGACACCAUCAUCAACGUGCAGCAGAUCGACGAUGGAUGGAUGUACGGCACGGUGGAGCGCACAGGAGACACGGGCAUGCUCCCCGCCAACUACGUGGAGGCCAUCUGAGCCAUGGGAGGGGACGGGGCGUGUGGCUGACAGCCGAGCCCCCAGCCCACGCCGGCCCCAGUGUGUGUGUGUGCGUCUCUCUCUCUCCCACCCAGCAUCCCUUAUCCAGUGUGUUCUGCCGUUGCCCGCCGGAGCUGCGUCCUGACAUCUCGGUUACUUUGUGUUUCUGCACCCGCCUCUGGUUUCUCUUGCCAAUUUAGCUUUGUUCUGUAGCUCUGUCGGGACUGAGGGAGCUCUGUCUGCAAGGGAUGUUGGGGGCUCAAGAGACCAAACCACCGUAGCUUUCCCUCUCCUUCAGUCUCCCUCCUCUCUAGCCUUCCAGAGGGGCUGGGGCACCCUCCCAGGGGCUCUGGCGUUUCCUGGCUGGGGGAAGCAGCCCGAGUCACUGGGAUCCUGCGCCAAGGGAGGAGCUGACCAUCUAUUAGGACCAAAUUCCCUUACCUUUCGUAGGGACAGGCCAGGUGGGGAGAAGAGCACAGGGCCAACGAUUAAUGGGGGGCUCCCACUGGGUUGUCUGCGUGGAUGCAGCGAAGGAUGCUUGUCCCAAGGGCUGCCCUGGGCCGAAAGGAGGGAUGAGCUGGCAGCAUCCGCCCUGCACUGCUCUUGCUCUGGCUCAUCCAGUUGCUUCUCCCAUCUGCUCUGUUUAGUGUUUCCGUUCAGUCUUUGCUCCCUUUAAAACGUUACAAACCAGAAGAACAAUUCAUAGUUAAAAUUUUAAAAGAAAUCUUUUACUUGCGAUUCAGAGCAGUUACUCUGGACAGCCUUGGAAGUGGCUCUUGCUUCUGUCUUGGGGUUUGGCUGCCUGUGACCCCCGUCCCACCAGGGUGCUGGCAGGGGCAGAGGGAUGGAGGCCUCUGGGAAGCCGUGCUCAGGUUCCUCCGCACGCCAGGGCUGAGCAGGGGCUGGGCUAGCGCUGGCAGAGGAGCAGCCGGGGCGUUGCUUGGGCUGGAGGCCUUUACUCGCGCUUGAGGGCUGGAGAAGGGCCAGGGUUGUCUCCCUGCCUUCCCCCCUCCUCUGGGCUGGCAGGGAGCUCUGUGUUACUGAGACCUCACGUCCCCCCUGCGGCUCUGGCCUCCUCUCCUUGGGCCGGGAUCUCGGGGAUCCCCUGGCUCUUCUGUUAGCCUUCCCUCCUGCUGGAGAGGGGGUGCGUGAGCCCAGGGACCACGGGCCGCCGCGGGGCCCCGUGCCUCCCCGCACGCCUCGUAGCUCCCCGGCGGCGGU